GGCGCGCUGCCACCGAGGGAGCGGGCAGCAUGUGCCGGCCUGCGCUCGCCCGGCUGCUGCUGCUGCAGCUGCUGCUGCUGAAGCUGCACCUCGGCAAAGGCGGCGUCAAGGAGUGCGAGGAGGACCAGUUCCAGUGCCGGAACGAGCGCUGCAUCCCCGCCAUCUGGAAAUGCGACGAGGACGACGACUGCUCGGAUAACAGCGACGAGGCGGAUUGCCCAAAGAAAACUUGUGCUGAGUCAGAUUUCACUUGUGACAAUGGCCACUGCAUCCCAGCCAGGUGGAAAUGUGAUGGGGAAGAAGAAUGUCCUGAUGGGUCAGAUGAGUCAGAAGCAGCAUGCACCAAACAAGUAUGCCCAGCUGAAAAAAUUAGCUGUGGAGACUCAAGCAACAAAUGUAUCCCGUCGUCCUGGAGAUGUGAUGGGCAGAAGGACUGUGAAAGUGGCAUUGAUGAGGCUGGUUGCACUCCUGCCUGUUCUCCCAAUGAGUUCCAGUGCAGUAACAAGACGUGCAUCUCCAUCAUCUUUGUGUGUGACGGGGACAACGACUGCGGGGACGGCAGCGAUGAACGAAAAUGCUCCCCUCUGACCUGCAACCCCAACGAGUUCCAGUGCAAUAACAGCGUGUGCAUCCCGGAGCUGUGGGUCUGCGACAACCAGCCGGAUUGUGACGAUCAGUCGGACGAAUCCGUAGAAAAGUGUGGCUACGAUGCCAAGGCCCUCAACACCUGCGCGGCUCACGAGUUCCAGUGUGGCAACGGCGAAUGCAUCCACCUCAACUGGAAGUGCGAUGGGGACGAGGACUGCAAGGACAAGUCCGACGAGCAGGAUUGCCCUCUGGUGACCUGCCGGCCGGAUGAAUUCCAGUGUGGGGAUGGGACCUGCAUCCACGGAGCAAAGCAGUGUGACAAGGUGCACGACUGUCCUGACAACAGUGACGAGGCAGGCUGCGUCCAAGAGUCAGCAUGUGAAAGUCCCAGCAAGUUUCAGUGUAAGAGUGGAGAGUGCAUUGACGGAGGCAAAGUGUGCGAUUCACAUAGAGACUGCAGGGACUGGUCUGACGAGCCUCUGAAAGAAUGUGGUAUUAAUGAAUGCUCUAUGAACAACGGUGGUUGCUCACACAUAUGCAAAGACUUGAAGAUUGGUUAUGAAUGUGAAUGCCCGCCCGGAUACAAGCUUCUGGAUAAAAAAACGUGCGGAGACAUAGAUGAAUGUGAGAAUCCAGACGCUUGUAGCCAGAUCUGCAUUAAUUACAAGGGGGACUACAAAUGUGAGUGCUACGAGGGAUAUGAGAUGGACACCCUGUCCAAGAACUGCAAAGCUGUAGGCAAGAGUCCAUACCUGAUCUUCACCAACCGCCAUGAGGUCCGUAAGAUAGACCUGGUGAAAAGGGACUAUUCUCGCAUCAUUCCCAUGCUGAAAAACGUUGUGGCACUGGAUGUGGAAGUGGCAACAAACAGAAUAUAUUGGUGUGAUUUGUUCUACCGAAAAAUCUACAGUGCCUACAUAGACAAAGCGAGCGACACAGCUGAGCAGGUGAUUCUGAUAGACAGCCAGCUGAACUCUCCUGAAGGGCUGGCAAUAGACUGGGUUCAUAAGAAUAUCUACUGGACGGAUUCUGGAAACAAGACUAUCUCGGUGGCCACCGCAGAUGGAAGCAGGAGGAGGACGCUUUUUAACAGAGACCUCAGUGAGCCGAGAGCCAUUGCUGUUGACCCCACAAGGAGGUUCAUGUACUGGUCUGACUGGGGAGACAAAGCUAAGAUUGAGAAAGCAGGCCUCAAUGGCGUGGGGCGGCGAGUGCUGGUGGCUGACAACAUCGAGUGGCCAAAUGGCAUCACGCUUGAUUUGCUGAAUCAGCGUCUCUACUGGGUAGACUCCAAAUUGCAUUCACUGUCCUGCAUUGAUUUCAAUGGCAGCAACAGAAAAGUUCUGAUCUCCUCUGUUGAUGAUCUGAGCCAUCCUUUCGGCUUAGCAGUGUUUGAGGACAGAGUGUUCUGGACUGACCUGGAGAAUGAAGCAAUCUUCAGUGCAAACAGGCUGAAUGGCUUGGACAUCUCCGUUUUAGCAGAAAAUCUCAAUAAUCCUCAUGACAUCGUGGUAUUUCAUGAAUUAAAGCAGCCCAAAGCUCCAGAUUCCUGUGAGCUCAGCCCCCAGCCAAAUGGAGGCUGUGAAUAUUUGUGUCUUCCUGCACCUCAGAUCUCUCCCCAUUCUCCCAAGUAUACGUGUGCCUGUCCUGACAAUAUGCGGCUGGGUCCAGACAUGAAAAAAUGCUACAAAGAUCUUCCAGCUACUUCAGCUACAGUACUGGUUUCUACAACCACAGCAUCGCAUACCGCCACUGCUUCCACCAUGACCCCUCCUGGCAGUGCCAAUACCACCACUGAAGUCAUCCCCAAAGCUGUAUCAGAAGCUACAGUUACCACCUCAAGUUUUCAUCCAACCCCGUCCAUCCUGAUAGAUUCUGAGAUGACCACUGGAAACAGCAAUUUAUCACAACACUAUUCAAAUAAUGGUCAAGGCUUUGAUUCAACUGUGACAGCAGCUGUUGUUGGAAUUGUCAUUCCUGUUGUGGUUAUUGGCUUGCUGUGCAUGGGGGGAUACCUCAUCUGGAGAAACUGGAAACGGAAGAAUACUAAAAGCAUGAAUUUUGAUAAUCCAGUAUAUAGGAAGACCACAGAAGAGGAAGAUGAAGAUGAAAUCCACAUUGGGCGGACUGCCCAAAUUGGACAUGUCUACCCAGCACGUGUAGCAUUAAGCCUAGAAGAUGACGGGUUGCCAUGAGGAUACAGUUGCUGCUCCAAACAGAACGCACUGAACAAAUUUGCUUUGGAUCGCAAAACCUGCUUCUUCUUUUUAAUCGUUAUUUAUGUUGCAGAAGGGUAACCACAAAGUUAUAAUGAACAGCAAACAUCCAAAGGAUGUGAGAGUUUUGUAUGUAUAAUCUUUUAUACACAUUUUAACUUGUUGCACUACCCAUUUGUGAUAGUCAAUAAGCAACUGCUGAGCUACUAACUCAAUGUACAUAACCAGCCAGGCUGAAGGUUCAGUAGCUAUUGCUUUAUUUUAAGACUAUAUUUAUAGAUAUUUUGUAAAUAUAUUGAAUAUGCUUUGUGGCUAUCCAUCAACAUAAGUAAAACAAAUUCUGUACAGGCAGUUUAGAAAUAUUUAUUAACAAAACCUGGAUUAUAAGAUCUGAUCUGUAAAUAUAGUAGAGGGGUGAGAGUAUUUAUUUUUUUGUAUGUUUGGCUUGCUGUGCAUAGAUUAUCUGUGUAUAUCUAUCUAGUGUAGAUAGAUAUAGGCAUAUAAAUAUAUACAUAUAUAUAAAUAUAUACAUAUAUUUUAAAACUACUAUGUUUAUGAAAAUUAGGGAUAAUUGAAUUUUUACAGGAUGUUGGAAGUUUGCUUUGAAAUCUAAAGACUAAGUAAGAAACAGCUGUACUGUAAGAUAGCUGAUAAAUGAAGCACUCCCAUAACAGAGCUCCUGUUUUCCAAGCUGGCUUGCAAGGGUUGCUUUUAUAUUUUCCAGUCUAGCCAGGUUCAUCUGCAGUGCUUUUAACUUAAGAGCUGUUGCUUACAGCAUUUCAGUCAGGAGGAAUUCCUACAGAGCCCAAUUUUUUCAUUUUGUAUUGUUGCUUUUUACGGUUCAGUACAAAUUUGGUUUAGCAUAUUUUUUAUUUGUUUUUUAAACGUAAAUCUAAAUGUUUUUCCCCGAUGAUCAUCUUGCACCAUUCAAAUUAGCUUAGAAUUAGUAGAAUCAAAGAUUAGCCAUAUACUUUCAGAUACCUAAAAUGAGCUUUCUUAUCUGGCUCAUCAGGAACAAAACACAGUAACAGUUAAUUUCUUGCCUCCUACUCUUACUGAUUAAGAGUCCAAAUUUAGAAGUGGCUAUGGGGUAGUGUCUUGACUCACCAUAUGUAGAACGUGAAUGCUUACAAGCAGCCUGUACCAUGGCAGAUCUGAUGUAACACAGAGCACUAUGCAAGGAGGUCAAAAAUUCACAGCUUUGUCAGUAGCUGAUUCCUGUAAUUCAAAGGUAUCUGAAAAAAUAAAAAGAAAUCAUCCCAGGAAGAAAAAGUUGUGAGCAUUCUGCUACGCUAAUAACUGCCUUUUAUUUGCUACUGUUCCCAAACUUUGUUUCUCUCUCCUGCCAGGCCUUAGUAGCACAAUGCUGUGUUACCAUCAUCUCCCAAGACAAAGGAAGCUAAAAUAUGCACUGUUUCUCCCAAGAUAAUUACAAUGAACAAAACACAAUGAAGAUCAAAAUAGUUUACAUAAUCCUGCCUAUUUCUGCAGCAGUAAGGGGUCAGGAUACUCAUAUUUACCCAUUUAUUGGUGCGGUUAUUUCUUUUUUUUGGUCUCCUGUUGAAGAAUGUAAUUUGUGCUUGCUUGUGAUUCCAGGAUACUGCUUUAAGGAGAAAUACAGAGCAGCAUCUCUCUUGCCAUACACGCUUCCCCUCCCUACACAAUUGCUAUUUUUCUCAGUUCCCCUAGAACAUUUAAAGUUCUGCACACUGAGCUGGAAGACCCUAGUAAGGCUUUGCAUUCAGGUUCGAAAUGCUUUCUAUCAAAACCGCUGCAGCUCUUUGUCAGCAAGUGCUGUUCAUCUACUUCAAAAGGUGGGUUCAUGCUCUCCUGUGCUUUUUUCAGACAGCUAGUCACACCAACGGGGCCUUCUCCAAGCUGGUGGUUUUCAUCUAUUCCAUCUAACACAGGGAGCUGACCAUUUCCUACCCUUGUCUUUCAUUCAGUUGUGACAGGGUCAUGGGGUUUGGCUGGGUCAUUCAGUAUAAAACCCAGUGUUUUUCCUCAUUUCAUUCUAUGCGUUAAAAUUCCUAAAAAGUGAAUAUAUCCACCUAGCACUGCAUGUUGGAUAGCACCUCCCUGAACUGUACCAAAAGCUAGAGAAAUCGUCAUAGCUUUUUUUGCAUUGAUCACAGCUUUUGUAUUCAAGUGAGUAGAAGAAGCUAAUCCUGAUUAUAUUUUUUUCUGUUUUUUCCUUUUUUGUUUUUCUUUUAGGAAAAAAAAAUUAAUAGUAUAAUCUGAGCUGGACUUUGAUUCUUGACUAAAAAAUGGAACGAGGUGUCUAAAGACCUAGUAUAUGCAUUACGAUACAUGCACUCAAAAUGCUCACUUCAUGGCCUGUGUAGACAAUGUAUAAACGAUCAAGCAUCCUUCUAUUCAAAUUUUAGAUUUAAAGGCAGUAAAGAAAAUGACUGAGAAAUCCAGUUACUGUUUUAAGGUAUGAAGCUCUGUUUCUGCAAAUUCACGCACUAUGUGCAUGACGAAAAAAGAGAAAAGGCUAUAUGUGGUAACACUGUAACUAACAGACAUAUGUAAAUAUAUUUGAAAGUUCUACAGUUUUGAUACUUUUUUAAGAACGCAUACACACAAACCUGUAUAAAAGGCUGCAGGUUUGUUGUUUUUUUUCAAACCAUUGUAAAUGAACUCAGUGUGCAGUGUUAAUUUCAACCUUUACAGAUUUAUAACUACUGAAAAGUCAAACACCAAAUUUGUUUUUUAAGAAAUUAAUUAUUUUAAAUAACGGUUCAGAUUGUUAGGAUGAUAUUUAACAUUGUAAUCGCUUCUGAUCUCUGUCUUGUCAAGUUCUGUUAGAGUAAGUUCUUGCUUGGUGCCUUUUGUGUUUCAGUUUUGCUAUGGACAAAAGGACCAGGGAGGGGCGGGGGAGGGAUCUGCUCUGUGUAACAUUUGCUGUACUUACAUAAAUAAGGAUUACUGAAAACCAAAUGAAUACAUUUGUAAAACAGUGCACUGUUUCUAUAGAAAGAUUAAAUUUUUUUUUUAUCUGGGC